AAAAGACCGCAAAAUAUCCACACGUUACGGAAAACGAUGCGAUAAAAGGUGAUAGUGAUUAUGAUACUGAAAUAUAGUAUCAGUGAUAGAAGCCUCUUAUACACCUAGACGUACUACCCCAAACAGAUUAAUCUGCACUGUAAUGAUAGACUUUCCACAGUCCUAAUUCUAAAAGUGAAAGUGAUAAAAGAAAAGGACGACGCGCUGCGUAUCUUUUAUUUUGGGAAGCCGCCCAGCACUUCCUGCGGCGACAAAGAUGGCGGCGCCCGAAGAGCUGUUCGUGUGGGAAGGAGACUGGGGCCUGCCGUCCGUCAACAGCGACUGUCUGGUGGUUCUGGCCUACGCUCAGUUUUCCGGCGCUCCCCUCAAAGUUCGCAAGGUGUGCAACCCGUGGCGGAGUCCCGGAGGUUCCAUCCCCGCGCUGAAGACUGCUCACAAGGAGGCGCUGUGGCAACCUUCCGACAUCAUCAUCCACCUCAGGAAACAGAAGUACAACGCAGACUUGGACCUGUCGGCCAAGGAGGCCGCAGACGGUCUGGCUUUCGUGGCGCUGGUCCAACAGAAACUCACGCCGGCCGUGAUUUACGCCCUGUGGGUGGAUCCCAAGAACUUCGUUGAGGUGACUCGGCGCUGGCACGCCGAGCGGACGGGCUUCCCCCUGGGCCUUUUCCUGCCGGGCCGCUUGCGGCGCCACCAGCUGGACAAGCUGCGCCUGCUGCGAGGCGACGCCGACCUGGAGGCCGACGACCAGCUGGAGAAGGAGUUGUACCGCGACGCCGCGGACUGCAUGGACCUUCUGGCACGACGACUCGGGACGCAAAAGUUCUUCUUCGGAGACUCGCCUUCGUCUCUGGACGCCUUCGUGUUCGGCUGGCUGGCUCCAAUCCUCAAGUGCGACCUUCCCAGCGGGAAGUUGCAGCAGCAUCUCAAGUCUCUGAACAACCUGCACGCGUUCUGCGCCAACAUCCUGCUGGUCUACUUCCCCUGUAACGGGAGCCCCCGGUCGGCCCCGCCGGCCGAGAGCCGAGGCGCCGAGCGUGUCCCCGACCGGCGCCGGAAGCAACUGCUGUCCGCCCUGGCGGCGCUGGGCGCCAUGUUGUCGUACGCCGCGCUGACCGGGAUGGUGUCUGUCCGACACGGCCGCCGGGGGGCACUGGAGGGCCGCCCGCGUUUGCACCGGGACGACGGCCGGGAUCGGGACGAAGACUGAAGUCUGCGGAGCGCUUCGGGGGCGUUUUGACUUUGCGUGACGUUUGCUCGCUGUACGUGAAUUGUUGUCGCCGCGUUGCCAAUAAAGCUCGGUAGGGCUCCGCCCCUCCGUCUGGA